AUGGUUCACCACAGCCUCAGAUGUAGCCCGAGUCACAACCACCACCCCCGCCUACACUGGCACUUACUCACUGUAUGUCUUCUAACAUCAGCAUCUAUCUCAGUCUCUAAUGUAUAUAACAGCGACCUCACAACUGCCAUCGACAACAGCCCCAAUUCCUUCUCCCAGACCCUGUCUAGUCUCAACCGCAGCACGACCUACGACUUCUCCGUCCAAGUCAAGCCCUCCGUGUCCGGGGCAGAGUUCUGCCAUAUCGCUGCCUACCUGGGGAUGAACACAACUAGUGAUACUAUUGCUACCGCCGAUCUCGAACCUAGUGAUCAGUGGACCGCUGUAACCGGGGAGUUCACGGCCAAUCGGUGUACUUUGAUGAGCUUAUUUAUGUCGCACUGCAGAGUAAACAGCCGACCUAAAACAAUCUUCGUCCAGAAUACUCGUACAAUGACUAGCCCGGGCGUAUCCAACACAAGAAAGCGCAGACGCCCGGCGUAUUCAUGUGUUUCGUGCCGCCGUCGCAAAGUCCGAUGCGACCGGGCCAACCCGUGUCGACAGUGUGUGACCCAGAAUAUUGCUUCAACCUGUACAUAUGAGCAGAAUCGCAAUGCGCGUGUCGGUCACGAAACGGUGCUCUCUACUACCAACGAAGUAAAUCAUCAGAGGCAAAAUGUUCUUCAGGAGAGUAAUAGUGGUCAACCCUCACACACGCCUCACGCUUCAUCGCAACAGGCUGCAUCAACCCCUGGCCAGAUCCGGGGCAUGGUGUCAAAGACAAGAGUGUUCGGGCAGGGACAUUGGAUGAAUAUUUUUUCGUUGACAGAAGGGCUGCCCAGCUUGCAGCCUCUCAUGGGCCUAUACGACACCAUCAUACGGAAUACAAGCCACGGCCCCUAUGAUGCUAUUGCUGAUAAGAUUGUUCAAUGCAAAAGGCUAGCUCGAAGCAUCAAAAGUCAGCGACCUAGUCGUAGUAGCCUCCCGACACAGAUCCAUCAGUCACUUCCUGGUUCCGAUAUCGUCCUUGAACUGACUCAACUCUAUUUCGCCUCAUUCGAGUCGUGCUACCGGAUACUUCGGAAGACCUCCUUCAUGAAGCAUUGUCAUACAUACUUGAACAACUACGAAGACACGGAUACUUGUAUAGUCCUGCAAAUCUUUCUUGUGGUCGCUAUUGCAGGCCCCUUACAUCAGGAUAACAAUAUCCGUAUAGAUGUGGCGUCAAAAGCUGGAAUGUGGAUUCAUACAGCCCAGACAUGGCUCUCAGCACCACUGGAAAAGAACCGCUUAACUUUGGGAGCCAUCCAACUCCACUGUCUUCUUCUCAUAGCCCGCCAAGUAAAUCAGGUUGGCGCCGAUUUGAUCUGGAUCUCCACAGGCUCAUUGAUGAGGAUGGCCAUGCAGAUGGGUCUGCAUCAAGAUCCCAACUGUCUGAGCGAGAUGGAGUCCACAGAAAAAGACCUAAGGCGACAACUCUGGUACACUAUUCUAGAAUUGAACCUACAGUCCUCCUUGGAUUCUGGGAUGGUACCAAUGAUCGCAACUGGGGACUGGAAUACUGAACCGCCAAGCGAUCACAGCCUCGAAACCGAGCCAGAGAUAGGCGAAGAGGAAGAGUCAGCGGCUAAUAAGCCACCUAAUCUUCAACAAAUACUGUCAAAGUCAAUACCAGUCCGUCUGCAUGCCUCCAGACUCAUAAACGACUUGCGAGAGGAACCGCCCUACGAUGAGGUCCUUGAGAUCGGUAAAGAACUAGCCUCAGCAUGCCGCGACAUCUCUGUCACGCUUGACCAGAUUAACUCUGCAUCCUCGUUAGAUCAGUUCGCAUCCAGCUUCUGCACCCAUCUAAUUCGACGCUUUACCUUGUGUCUCCACUACAAGUUUGCCAUCAUGGCAAGGGCCAAUCUCCUAUUCAGUCACUCUCGUAAGGCCGGUGUCGAAGCCGCACUAGAUAUCAUAGCACUAGUCGAAGACAAUCUGUACGGUCGUGUCCUCCGCUGUGGAGGUGGCAUGUUUCGUGACAUCGUGACCCGUGCGGCAAUACUCAUCUUCUCGGAAUCCAGUCCCGAUCCAGAAGCGGAAAGUUCAAGUCUAGCGAAAAGAAGGGAUUAUGCUCGUCAGGAAACUCUUUUGCGAGAUGCCCGCUGCGUGGUCCAGUAUGCAAAAGAAAGACUACAUUACGGAGAGACUAAUGUUAAGGUCUAUGUCUUUUAUAAUAUGAUGUUAGCCCAGGCGGAAGCUAGGCUUAAUGGUCAGUCCGAGGAAGAGGCAGUUUCAAGAACACUGCAUGAAAGCGUGGAUGUCUGCUACAAUAUGAUGCAGGACAUGGUAGCCAGGGCAUCUAUCUCCGCUGGACCUAGUACUGCAUCCCUUGGAGAUAGUCUCAAUAGCUUGGAUAACUUCGGGGAAGUCUUAGACCGCGGCUUCGAUUACAUCCACGACAGCGACUUCAACUUGGACUUUCCCGACCUGCAACUGUUCUCGGGGUGGUGAAUUUAGAGUGGCAAAUUCCUGGGAGAGAAGAUACUAUAUUGGAUGUGAUAAUUAAUUUAUCCCCAUGGAGCCCAUUGUACAAGCG